ACAGGUUCUUCGGUGGAAGCCGAGGCGGCAGCGGAGACAGGGCAGGCUGCAGGGGUCGGCCGGACCCACAGCGGGAGAACCAUGUCCGAGCCGCACCAACCGAGUGCCGAUCGCGACCUUUUCCGAGACACGUGGGUGCGAUACCUGGGCUACGCCAAUGAAGUUGGGGAGGCUUUCCGCUCCCUUGUGCCAAAGGCUGUGGUGUGGCUGAGCUAUGGUGUGUCCAGCUCCUACGUGCUGGGCGAUGCCAUCGACAAGGGCAAGAAGGCAGGAGAGAUGCCGAGCCCUGAAGCAGGCCACAGCACCAGGGUGACCGUGGCUGUGGUGGACACCCUUGUGUGGCAGGCUCUGGCCUCUGUGGCCAUCCCAGGUUUCACCAUCAACCGUGUGUGUGCUGCCUCUCUCUAUGUCCUGGGCACGGCUACCCGCUGGCCUCUGGCCAUUCGAAAGUGGACCACCACCGCGUUAGGGCUGCUGACCAUCCCCAUCAUCAUCCACCCCAUUGACAGGUCUGUGGACUUCCUCCUGGACUCCAGCCUUCGCAAGCUCUACCCGGCAGUGCAGAAACCCAGCUCUUCCUGACCUCACCUGGUUCUCAGCCCUCCGAGCCAGUUCUAAUGACACCUGCUGCGGGGACCCUUGUCGCUCCACCCUGAUUGUCAUCUUGCCCUGCAACAGCUUCCUCUGCGCCCCUCUCCCUCCUUGGACAAGAUUGUUAACUGACAGGACACGGACGGAGCGUGCCCGACGUGCCAGGCGCUGUGCUAUGAAGCCUCCCCAAGAGCUUACGCAUGAGGCACCUCCACCUUCAGAGGAGAAGAUGCACCCCACAACGUGGAAGCCGUCUAUCAGCACCCGCUGUCCUUAUUUAGUCCCAAAUGGGGGAGUAGAACUGUGGAGUCUUUUCUGAAACACCGCGAGCAGAUGUGGAGGGGCGUACAUGCAGAGGAGCAUGAAAUAUCCGGGCCUGCUCAGUCAUAUCCUAGCUCACCUGCAGGUAUUAGGUGAGACUUGUCCUGCCCUGCCACCUCCGUCCGUUUAAGGAGGCUUGGGGAGAGGGGAGGCUGCUUUCACUAUGGCCUCUGCUCAUGCCUGGCCCUGGAAGCCUGCAUGCAGCAGGUGUCAGGCUGGGACAUGAAGCUUACGAGGCCAAGCGUGUGGGCUUCUGCAGGCAGUAUUUUAAGGGCUCUCUGAGGAUGCACAUCCUCACUCUCCACAGGGUCCAUGCACUUUGCGGGGUGAAGGGGAGACAUGGAGAUGGGGGGCAGAAGGCAGAGGACUCUUCCUAUCCAGAAUCUUCUUGCCUGGGCCAUUGGUAUAAUUGUGUGUAGAGGUUUGUCCUGCACUAGGUCAUGGGUAGCCAACCUUCUUUGUGUCUGAUCGGAACUUGCUGGAUCUGAACCUGCCCACGGCUGUGAGUCUCUUGGCAGAGAGCAGGCUGUUUGUCCCAGCCAGGGUGGAGGCUGCUGAGGAGAGGCAGUGGCCUGAGAGUUGUGUUACUUGUGGCUGCCUUUGCAACCUUGCCCUUGGCUCGGGCUGGACACAUCUGUCAUCACACUUCAGCAGUGACACAGCCAGAUGUGGUUCUAUAAUGUAGGUUUGAGGAUCAAAGUCCACUGCUGUGAGCUUCGGGGCUGCCGAGGGAAGAAACUUGCUCAGGUCAGUCUCUGAGCUAAUGGCCCCUCUGACCCCCUUGGCUGGCCCCAGGUGCCUCUCUAUAGGCCCCUCCUAGGGCAACAAGAGACUGCAGUCAGCGCGGAGGCCUCCGUGCUCAACGAUGAUGUAGAAGAGGAGGUGGUGAGGGCCGGGCCCUGGCUUGAGGUCUGGAGACCUUCCUGUUGCUCCGCUUCCCCUCCCAAGGUUAUUUUGAACAGAGUUGAAUCAGCCCAGAAAGGGAUGCUGGUCCCCUGAUCAGGUUUCCAGAUUUUGCAAAUUAAAAAAGCACAGGAUGUCCAGUUUAACUUGAAUUUCAGAUAAGCAAUGGCUUUUUAGGUGUAAAUAUGUUUCCUAAAUUGCAUGAAACAUUACAUUUGAAGAUAUUUAACUGAGCGCCUCCUAGUGGCGCAAGGGGUAAGUAUCAGACUA